AUGAUACAGUUCUGCUUAACAGUGCUACUCCUACUGCUCUCGCCGGUUUUCAGUGCUGACUGGAGCGCCAGCUGUCCGGCAAGUUGCAUCUGCAAGUGGUCCAGCGGCAAAAAAUCGGUCCUGUGCAACAACCUUGGGUUCAAUACGAUUCCGUCGAACCUGUCCACCGAGCUGCAGGUACUGGUGCUGAACGAUAACAAUAUACCGUACUUGAAUCGGGAAGAGUUCACUAACCUAGGGCUGGUCAAUCUGCAGAAGAUUCAUCUGAAACAUUCACGCGUUAAAUACGUCCACAGGGAGGCGUUCAAAAAUCUGAAAAUCCUUAUCGAAGUCGAUCUUAGUGAGAAUGAGAUCGAAUCGUUAGAUAGGCAAACAUUUGCAGGGAAUAAUCGACUGAGGAUCAUUAAUUUGUAUGAGAAUCCUAUCAAACAACUCGUACCAGACCAGUUUCCGGUGCUGCCCUAUUUGAGAAAUAUUGACCUACACGGCUGUCAGCUGAGCUUGGUAGCGGAGACAGCGUUUUCGAAUCUGGAGCUGCUUGAAUUCCUGGACAUGUCACGAAAUCAACUGGAAAGUUUGCCACGGUAUGUGUUCAAUCACAUGAAAAACCUGAAAACAUUAAUCCUGGAAGAAAAUCCAUGGAACUGUGAUUGCCAUCUGCGUGACUUUCGGGGGUGGUAUUUGAACAGUUCACUGAACCGACGCAGCCUUUUCUGCCAUCAACCGUACAGCCUGAAAGGGUUAGCCUGGGAAGCUAUCGACACCGAACAGUUCGGAUGCAUGCCACAGUUGAGAAUCUUCCGGGAUGAUGUAGAUGACAUCGAAGACUUGGGAACAAAUAUUACGUACCGUUGUAUGGCUUUCGGUGAUCCGGAACCCACGGUAACAUGGGAUCUGAACGGGAAAAUUGUGGAUCAAGAUAAUAUGAUGCUCGAGCAUGAGAGAAUCGUCAAAUUUGACGGAAAUAUUACGCUUUGGAGUAAUUUGACUAUUUUGAAUAUCACGAGUAAUGACUCGGGCUACUAUACGUGCACUGCCAGUAACAAAAUUGGAUUUGUAAGCAAAAAUUUUAGUUUGAUUUUGCCAGAAAUAGUGGAACGAGUGAUUAUCAAGACACCGGAAACGUUCUGGUAUUUCGGACUGAUACUCGGUAUCUUCGGGACAAUCUUCGGGCUCCUAUCCCUCUCGGUGGUGAUUUGUUUAUGUAAGAGAAAGUUUCGUACGCGACGAAGAAAGAAAAACAUUAAGAGUAGUGUCAGUUUCAAUGAUCAAGAGAAAAAACUACUCGAUCUGAGCAUUACCACAAACGAAAGACAGGAAUUCAGUGCAAGCGAUGUGAUGACUCCCUCAACGAAAACGGAUUCCACUAUUGCGAUGGAACCGGUUCAGAUAACGAUUGAAUCGAUAGCAGCGAAACGGGAAGAAUUUCCACUAAACGUAGGAGUUUUUCCGCCACCACCAGAGUUUUGUUCUCAAAUGGUUCCCAAUCCGGCAUACGGUAACAUAUUUAUAUCGGUAUCGGUAACGCAGGACGCACUGGACAAUCCCGACCUCAACAUGUACCCAGAUCUUCUGAACAUUCCAAAUCGACACAAAGGUAAGCUGAUACCGGUGAACGUCUCGUCAUAUGCAACGCUACCUCGCAAGAAUCGUCCCGCAUUGACGGCGGUGAGUAGCAGUCAACCCCCUUCACUGACAGCGGUACCUCCUCCAAGCAUUCCUACACAACACUCAACCCCAUCUACAAGUGCGGUGGGAACUGCCGUAGAACAACUUCAACUACAGGAUAGUAUCGUCAAUUAUAACAACAUAGAAGACUCAUGCGAGAUAACCAGCUUGGGCAGUAAUGCCAGCUCAAUGUGCCAGGAAUGCAGUAAACUGUACAACACUGCUGCAAAGAUGAAUGUUCGCUUUAGUAAGGCCGAGGUGGCUAAUAAGUGCGAGAAUAGUUUACCUUGCCUAAAGUACGACAACAUGGGCCGGAGAUAUACUGCCAGUGGCAACUCGACCCUAUCAUUGCCUGAACAAGACCACCAGGUUGUGCUGGAACAGGAAAGCAUCUUUAUCAAGCAGGAUAUUGAACCCAUCAAAGAGAUUCCCACACCUCCACUACCACCAGCUACACCUACUGGGCCACCAUGCACCAACAUUGGUACAACGGCCAUCGGUACUGCUGCUGUGUUCGUGACCGGUAACGAUUUCGUCUCACUGUAG